UCCCCGCAUACUUGGACUUUCCGUCAAAUUGGCGCCGGGUAUCAUCAUCAGCUACGCGUGAUACCGCUGGACAGUCGGAAGCUUGAAUCAACCAUUGUCCAUCCGUCUUAUUCACCGAUUCCCGGGUUUUCAUGUUCAUUGCGGUUGUUUUAUAUUCAUAUUCGCAUGUCAGAUGGUAUUUUCAAUAGUGAGUUCUCACGGUCUUCUCACGAGCGUAUUCUUAGCAGAACACGCGUCUCUCGCGUUUGCCUGCCCACGGAGCGCCGCGGAUAAACAAGAAGACGAGCGAGAAGCAUGGCGAGAAUCUUGGUAUAAAGAUUCGCGAUGGAAGAGAAGAUCCAACGUGAAUCAGAUCAGUGUUCUACCGAAUAGAAGAACUUCAGACAUUUAAAUUCAAGAAUUUUCGGAGCAGUUCAAGCGAUCGACAAUAUUUGGAAAUUCACCCGAGGAAUGUAUUUUCAAGUUUUUAAUCAAUACGUGCGAUAACAGUGACCGUAUUAAAUAAAUCAUGCAAGUGCGACGAUGUUAGUUCGAAAGAUUUCUUUUCGUAGAAUUCUGAGAAUUUAAAUAGAAGAUUCUAUUAAAAAAAAAUGGCAACGGGCCGAAGAUCAAUCGUUAAUCUUCGUAUCUCUUAUUGGCUUAUUCUUUCUAUCGUGACAACUUUCGUAGACAACUACGAAUACAUCAAUGCUGCUAACAAGUGGACAUUAUGUUUAGUCGACAGUGUGCAUACUACGCAAAGAAUUCUUUCGCUCUGCCCGAAACUAGCUACGAGUCCGAUAGAAUGUGUCAUAGAAACUGAUAGAUUUGGCUGUUUACGUCGCGUAGCCAAUGGUGAUGUCGAUAUCACUGUACUGGAGCCAGAAGAACUCGUAGCGAUAAGAAACUACAAACUAUACAGUGUACUAGUCACGAACGAAUUAAGACUCUUCUCAGACGAUGAUCAUCGUUUUGAAAUAGUAGCCAUAGCGCACAAAAAUGUGCAACGUAUAUGGGAUGUUAAAGGCAAGCGAUUAUGUCAUCCUGGGCUGGACACUAUCGAUGAUUGGACUAAAAUUUUCUCGAUGGUUGAAUCGAGGUAUAGAAAUCUGUGUACUGCUUGCGAAAAACCGGCUGGCUGUUACAAUACUGAUAAAUACUAUGGACGGGAAGGUGCUCUAAUGUGUCUUACCGAUGGCAUGGGCGAUGUUGCCUGGGUUAGAUUAGGAGAUGCUCGCGUACAUUUCAAAGUCCAGACGAUCGGUAUGCAAGAUUACAAGUUUCUAUGCCCGGAUGGCACCACAAAACCGCUCAAUUUCAACGAACCCUGUGUCUGGAUAUCAAAACCGUGGCCGGUCGUCGUAGCUAAACCAAUGAAUGCCGAGAAUAUCGCCCAAAUGAUGAACUCUAUGAUGAACAGAACAUACAAUUGGGAAUCGAACGCCUUACAGCUGAUGGAGAACUAUUACAUCACCUCGACUGACGUAAAAGAAUUGCAAACACCCGACGAUUAUUUACGCCGAUAUCCAAACUUUCUAAGCGCCAAUGUUCGGACGGGUUGUCAGCCAUCAAGAGACGUACGUUGGUGUCUUGUAUCCAAUCUGGAGAAGCGCAAGUGCAGUUGGCUAAGAGAUGCUUCCAUCGUUUAUGGUGUGGAACCAUUAAUCUCCUGCCUCCAGGAAGAUAGUAGAGAAGUGUGCGUGGAAGCUGUACGGAACAGAAAGGUGGAUAUCUUCUUGGCGCGUCCUGAAGAGCUUCUCAAGAAUAGAAUGAGGGGUUUGAAGCCUAUUAUCCACGCCAUGGCGAACAACCGGCAAGAAUUAAACAGGAUCGCUGCAGUUGUCAAGAGGAAUUCUAGAUUUAAAGUUAUAAAAGAUCUCAAAGGUGCCAAAGCAGUCUUUACGGGCUACAGAAGUGUUGGUUGGAACGCUUUUGUAACGUUAAUGAAAAACGAAUUGGAUGGAAAUUGGGAUUGCUCGGAUGCGCAGGCUGUUUCGAAAUUCUUCAAAGAUAGCUGUGUCCUCGGCUGGAACAACAAAAAUAAUGGCAACGAGCUCCCAGCUAAUUUACACUCGUUAUGCAAGGAAGGUGCGGAGCAUAAGGACGACGAUCUAAGCGCUUUUGAAUAUUUGGCCUCUGGAGUUGUAGAUGUUGCCUUUGUCAAUCUAAAAAUCAUAGAAAAUAAAACAGAACCUGGUGAUUUUUAUUACGAGAGGAUUGAUACUAAGAAUAUAAAUCGGUUACCUAGAUACAGAAUAUUAGGCCCAACUUUGGCAGAAGCUAUUAAAAAAGUUCCAUAUUUGCUUGCUUGGACGCCUCUUGGCUCGAUAAUGGCACAUGAGAAUAUCACGGAUCUGAGGCGCCAGGAAAUCUAUGCAAUGUUGCUCGAAAUGGACAAGAUAUUUGGAAGAAAGUUCAAUGGACAAGCGCCAACAUUCUUGUUAUAUGGGCCUUACGAAGAAAACCAUGGCGUUAUCUUUCCCGAAGGCACACGCUAUUUAGAGUUACACGGUCAUCAGACAUUAAAGGGACGCAAUUACAAUCAAAUCGUGGAAGAGUUUAUGAAGCAGGAAGCUUGCAAUGCCACUAAUAGACGGAUCUCUCCUUUAUCAGAGACUUUUUUCCUAUGCAUAAUUGUAAUCUUUAUUCUAGAUCAAUUAUUGAAAUGCUGACAAUGGAUAAACUAUGCUUUCUGUAAAAAUACAAUGUCGUGUAAUAUAAGGUAGUUCAUUAUUGGUGGUAAUUUCGUAUAAAAGGAUGAAUCUUCUUUCUCUUAAGCAAAUUUAAUUUUUAAGAAAAUAAAAUUAGGAAAAUGCCAAAUUAAUAACAAUUAUGUUUGCAUAUUUUUUAGCAACGUGGUGUUACAUAUGAAAAAAUGAUUCGACAGUAAAAUUUUCACGCUAUAUAAAUAUAAAAAUUCUUAUAACGUAUAUUUUCUAUUUGACAAUUUUGAUACAUGCGUUUGCUUCGAGUAUUUGUAUUGUAUAUAUAUUUUAUAUGUAUAUGUGUAUAUAUGUAAAUAUAAUAUACAUACAUGUACAUCUCUAUUCUUUAUAUACAUUAUAUGUGCACUAAUCUCGCAUAUAUGUAUUAUAUGUAUCUUGUUCAACGUCUCAAUAAUUUUCCUAUAUUUCUUUGAAUAUGAGUUAAUUUCUCUUAUUUGUAUAAUUGUUAUAUUAUGAUUAUGUAGAAAGAUAAUUAAAAAAAUUAUCUAAGCUCGAUGACAAACAAUUGUUUAAUAAUAGAACUCAAAAACGAAGUUAUUAUUGAAAUCGUUGAACAAUUACGUCAUGAUGUUGAAUAAUUAUAUUGAAGUUAUUAAACAAAGUUUUUAUAAAAAGUUUUCCACAUUCAUUUUCAAGAUAAAGUUAUAUACGAUCUUAGUUAUAUCAUCAAUAAUGGACCGCCUACAUUCAAAGCGCGAUAUCAAAUUGGCUGAGCUAUGUAAAAAAUUCUAUAAUAUAUAAUUUAAUUGUAUAAUCUUUUCAUUUGUCCUUAUUUAUAUAUGUUGUAUACCAUAUGCUAUAUAAAUGUAUAUAUAAAUGAUAUAUGAAUACACACCAUUUUUACCUA